AUGGCCGACGUACCUCCCCCAACGCAGUCAGCAUCGGUUUCUACACCGACGCUGCUGCCCCGCGUUGCCAUCCAGUUCUGCACUCAGUGUAAGUGGAUGCUUCGCGCAGCAUAUUUUGCCCAGGAGCUCCUUUCGACAUUUUCAACAUCCAUCGGUGAAGUCGCUCUCCAGCCUUCCACAGGCGGCACCUUCACAGUCACUCUGACUCACCUUCCCGCCGGCGCCGAAACGACCUCAACCACGAUCCUCUGGGACCGCAAGACCGAGGGAGGCUUCCCCGAGACCAAGGAGCUGAAGCGCCGUCUCCGCGACGUCAUUCAGCCCGAUAGGGACCUCGGCCACGUCGACCGCAAGCACGCGAAGCCCACUCCCGACACAACAAAGCCUAGCACCCAAGCCUCUCUAGCUUCGGACGCAAUAGCAGAGGCACCGACAAUGGCUCCCUCAUCCGCCUCCGACGUCGUCUCCCAGCUGAAGAAGCACCCCGCCAACGCCAACAAGACACCUACCGGUGAGGACUCUCCGAACACUACCACCACCACAUCCGCUGCCGAACAGGAGCAGAGCACCCUUAGCGAGGCGGCCCGUGGCGCCAUCGGCGCCGCACGCGCCAACACGGGUCAGAAGACCAAGACCGAGAUCUCGUCCGCCGGCAUACUGCCGAGGCAGCAUUUUGACGACCUGCCGGCCGAUGCUAACAAGGAGAAAUGCGAGGACUGUGCCUGA